AUGGAGGAAGAAGCCGAAAAUUUUGUGACCAAAUGUGACAAGUGCCAAAGAUAUGAAAAGAUAGAGGAGUCAAAAGGUAAGUGGCCAGAAAGGCUACCUGGAGUCUUGUGGGCUUACCGGACAACAACAAAAACAAGUACAGGAGAGACACCAUUUUCACUUGUGUACGGUUCUGAAGCCUUAAUUGCAGUUGAAAUAGGAGAGCCAAGUACGAGAUACACCCAAGCAACCGAAGACUCAAAUGAGGAGGAGAUGCGAGUAAAUCUCGAUUUGCUUGAAGAAAGGAGAGAAACAACUUUAAUAAGGGUGGUUGCGCAGAAAAAAAUUAUUGAGCGAUACUAG